UUCGCCUGAAGCGCGCAUGCGCGGGUUUGCCACAGCCAUUUUGAUUUCGGCUUCAGCUGCCGUCACGGCGAAGUCAAGUGAGGGUAUCUGUGAUGCCUGUGCGGUGCGAGUUUUGCUGAGGGCUCGAGCUACCUUUUCAGCUGGGGGCCGUGUUCGAAAAUGAGCGGCAACGACGGCAUGGAAAGCCUAAUUCCUAUCGUAAACAGGCUGCAAGACGCCUACACUCAACUUGGAGCGAGCCUCACGCUAGACUUGCCUCAGAUCGCCGUGGUCGGCGGACAGAGCGCAGGAAAAAGCAGUGUGCUGGAGAAUUUUGUUGGCAGGGACUUCUUACCAAGAGGAUCUGGAAUUGUCACUCGUCGACCACUGGUGCUACAACUGAUUAACUGCAAUACAGAGUAUGGAGAGUUCCUGCACUGCCGUGGCAAGAAAUUCACAGAUUUCGAUGCAAUCCGCAAGGAAAUCGAGGAUGAAACAGAUCGGGUGACAGGCAGCAACAAGGGCAUUUCAAGCGUGCCAAUCAAUCUCAGGGUCUACUCACCGCUUGUGCUGAACCUGACCCUGGUCGACCUUCCGGGGUUGACUAAGGUCCCCGUCGGUGAUCAGCCUGCGGACAUUGAGAAUCAGAUCCGGGAAAUGAUUCUCCAGUUCAUUCGCAAGGAGAACUGCCUUAUACUGGCAGUCACGUCGGCCAAUCAAGAUCUGGCUACUUCAGAUGCCCUGAAGAUCGCCAAGGAAGUUGACCCAGAAGGUCUGCGCACCAUAGGUGUGAUCACGAAGCUGGACCUUAUGGAUGAAGGAACUGAUGCCAGGGACAUUCUAGAAAACAAGUUACUGCCAUUGAGAAGAGGAUACGUGGGUGUAGUGAAUAGGAGCCAAAAAGACAUAGAAGGCAAGAAAGACAUCAAGGCAGCCAUGGAAGCAGAACGGAAGUUUUUCCUUAGUCAUCCUUCAUACAGGCACAUGGCUGAUCGCAUGGGUACACCAUACCUCCAACGGGUACUGAACCAGCAGCUGACCAACCACAUUCGAGACACCCUUCCAGGUCUUCGGGACAAGCUGCAAAAGCAACUCAUUUCUAUGGAGAAGGAGGUGGAAGAGUACAAGAACUUUCGCCCUGAUGACCCAUCCCGCAAAACCAAGGCUAUGCUUCAAAUGAUUCAGCAGCUUCAGACAGACUUUGAACGGAACAUCGAAGGUUCUGGCUCUGCUGCUAUCAACACAUCAGAGCUCUCAGGGGGCGCCCGUAUCAACAGAUUGUUUCACGAAAGAUUUCCUUUUGAAAUUGUCAAGAUGGAAUUUGAUGAGAAAGAGCUACGUAAAGAGAUUGCUUUUGCAAUUCGUAACACACACGGCAUUCGAGUCGGGCUGUUUACUCCAGAUAUGGCCUUUGAGGCUAUAGUGAAGAAGCAGAUUGCCAAGUUGAAGGAGCCUUCCAUCAAGUGUGUAGAUCUUGUCGUGGCUGAACUGGGAAAUGUGAUUCGGCGAUGUGCUGAAAAGAUGAGUCGUUAUCCACGACUUCGGGAGGAAACAGAACGCAUUAUCACCUCACAUGUGCGUGAGCGGGAGCAGACAUCUAAGCACCAAAUCUCUCUGCUGGUUGAGGUGGAGCUUGCAUACAUGAAUACAAAUCAUGAAGACUUUAUCGGAUUCACAAAGGACGAUUAUCACUCUGGUGCACAACAAACAGCAGACGUGUCGUCAGCUGGUAAAAGGAAACUAGGCAACCAGUCGGUUUUCGCCGUGAUUCGCAAGGGGUGGAUGUGCAUCCAUAACUUGGGCAUCAUGAAGGGUGGCUCUAGAGACUACUGGUUUGUGCUCACAUCAGAGUCCAUCUCAUGGUACAAGGACGAAGAGGAGAAGGACAAGAAAUACAUGCUCCCUCUGGAUGGCCUAAAAAUUAAGGACAUUGAAGCUGGUUUCAUGUCUCGAAGAAACACAUUUGCGCUUUUCAACCCUGACCAAAGGAACGUGUACAAGGACUACAAACAGCUGGAGCUAUCGUGCGAGAGCCAGGAGGAGGUGGACUCGUGGAAGGCAUCGUUCCUGCGAGCCGGCGUGUACCCAGAGCGGGCACAGAGCGCCGCAGGUGAUGGUGAGGGGGGCUCAGAUGGUGCGGGUUCGGAGGGCGGUGGAUCGUCCAUGGAUCCACAGCUUGAACGCCAGGUGGAGACCAUCCGCAACCUGGUAGACUCCUACAUGCGCAUUAUCACGAAGACCUUCCGUGACCUGGUGCCUAAGAUCAUCAUGCACCUCACCAUCAACAAUACUAAAGAAUUCAUCUAUUCAGAACUACUAGCAGCACUUUAUGCUUCAGGUGAUCAGACGCAGCUCAUGGAAGAGAGUCCUGAAGAGGCACAGAAGCGAGAUGAGAUGCUACGCAUGUACCAUGCCUGCAAAGAAGCUCUGCGUAUCAUUGGCGACGUAUCCAUGCAGACAUCUUAUCAGCCAACACCACCGCCUGUCAAGGAUGACUGGCUCAAAAUGCAACCCCCUGAUUCUCCACGGCCGGCCCCUCCCUCCCCGGGGGGUCCCCGGAGGAAUGUGGGAUCUUCCCGGGCACCCCCCCCAGUCCCAGCGGCGGCCAGCCGGCCAGCCCCAGUGAUCCCAUCGCGGCCCGAUGCAGCGGGCAGGCCACCCCCGGCAGCCCCACCCAGGCCUAUCAGUGCCGGUUUCCAGGCACCCCUUGUGCCUUCGCGCCCUGUUCCAUCAGUCCCUCCCAGAAUCCCCGACCGGCCGCAGGUUUCAUCUUCACAGUGGCCCUACUGAGUUUUCCAUCCUUGUGUUCUGUGGAGGACAACCAGCCCAAGAGACUGAUUAGAACAGAGAGCACUGUGAGAAAGGGCCCGGUGAAGCUGAGAUGUGGUCCAAAGGCAGGCCAUGGGAGGAGGGUCGGUGGCACAAGGUGAAAAUGUGGGGGAGGACCGAAAGAGAAGCAUUCCAAGCAGCAGCGUGGCGCAUAGGGCAGCCAACCGCCUGUGAUCCCUUGGCAGGGACGUCCCUGUCUACGUCACCAGAGGUUAGGCGAAAAUCCAGUGCCCUGCUAGUCCCGACUCUGCCUCACGUUUGUUUGGACUGUGUAAGUUUUGUAAUGUAAUUUCCUGUGAUUGA